UUGAUGAUCUCGUGCUGGCACUACCCCCCCAGAAAGUGCAAGAUGUUCUCAACACCUUCAAUAGCUAUGAUCGCAAUCUUCAAUUCACCUGCGAAACGGAGACGGACGGGAGAUUACCGUUUUUGGACAUGGUGUUGGUGCGACAGGAAGAUCAGACCAUUAGAACGGAGUGGUACUCCAAGCCGAUGUCGUCAGGCCGUUUCCUGGACUACUUCUCGUGCCACCCUUUGCACAUGAAGAUGAACAUGAUCACCAAUUUCAUCCGCAGAGUAACGGAGUUCAGCACGAACCUGUCGAGGAGCGAGAUUGAGAGCAUAAUCGAUCAGCAUCUCAAGAUCAAUCACUACCCUACGUCACUGAGGCACAGACUGGUCAACAGAGCGAACGGGAGGACACUCGCUGUGGAUGAAUCGACAAGAGCCUCAUCAGUUGAGUACAGACCAAUGCCUUUCGUGAAUGGUCUGUCUCAAAGGAUUAAGAAAUCGCUCAGUGUUGAUUUCCCCAACAUCACGAUCGCAACAAGGAAUGAAAACACAGUGAACCGCUUGUUCACCAACACUAAGGAUCGAAUACCAAACGAAAUGAAAACCAACGUCAUCUACCGCAUCCCCUGCGCUGACUGCCAAGCAAGCUACGUCGGACUCACGACUCAACAUCUUAAAACCAGACUCAGCAAACAUCGGAGCCAGCGGAAGCAACUGGAUGAGUUGAGGAGUAGUCCGAACUGUUACAGCCCCACGGUCCAGUACGAGGUCCAGCGGAUGAAGGAGUACACGGCCGUACUGAAACACACCAUCGAAGAGCAGCAUAGUUUCGAGCUGGGGAACACGCAGGUCCUGGAUCAACAUCGCCGCUCAGCUGCCUUGGACGUUUUAGAGAUGUGCCAUAUCAUCAACACAGAUCACACCGUAAACAAACGGAGUGAUGUUGAUGGUAUUAGUAGCACCUACGCCGGCAUUUUGCAUACAGUGAAGAAGAUGUGUAGAUCGAGACAGUCUUCACAAACACAUGCCCCAAACCUUAGCUUCCAGUAGUAGUAGUAGUAGUUACUCCCAUUCUCCCCACCUUAACCCACUAUUUGUUUCCCCCCACACAAGUUUUCGAUCUGUUUAGUAGUUUGAUUGCAAGUUUCCGAAAAGUGGUUCAAAACAGUCGUUCGUGCCACAGGUUGAUGCUAGCCCCCUUUUUCCAUUUCCUGACCGUUGAUGCCCAACUAAUUAGGCCCCCAGACGAUAAAACGAUUAUGCUCUGUAAGAUUUUAGACAACUUUUGCUCUUGGGUUAUUUUUAUGUUUCUAUGUUUAAUGUUUUUGUAGAAUCCCUGAAGAAGAUGUCAAAUACAUCGAAACGUCGGAAGUAGAACAAAAA